GACUGCGAGUGAAAAAUUCAGGUUAAUUCCUUGUUUUCCCCAAAAAAAAAAUCCCAUCCUCAGCACCUCCAAAACCUGAUAUUCCCUAAUCCGGCCUCCCUGAUGAGAAACACAGAAAAACAACAUCGCGAUCCCGCUAAAUCGUUCAGCAGAGCGAGCCUGCGAAGUGCCAGGGAGAGAAAAGACAGAGAGAGAGAGAGAGGGAGGAAAGAAAUCGCAGGUUAUUUAUAACCAGGCAGCACCAGGGGCUCUCCAGUCUCUCCUGCAAAGCCGCGGCGCGGAGGUCACUCCCCAAAAUCCCUGGCAGAACAAUCAAUAUUUGCUCCGGGAUCUGGGGCGGGCAGCGGCGCUGCGGCUCGGGAGCGGCACCCGCCCAUGCUGCCGGUGCCACGGCACAGCCCCGAGCAGCACAGCAGGAGCGCGCCUCGGUCCCUCCAGCGCCAUGCCUUGGGCCACCACCGUGCUGCUGCUGCUGGCCGCGCUCUGCGGCUGCUGCCGGGGCCAGUACAACGAGGAGGAGGACCUGGCGUGGCUGCAGUACUACCUGCGGCAGUCCCGCGCCUCGUCCUACAACUACGUGCCCUACUACGAGGAGGAGAGCCCAGCCUACGCCUACUCCUACCCCUCGGCCACCGACAGCGAGCCCGAGCCCGAGCCCGAGCCGCAGCAAGCCGCGCCCUGGAGGUGUCCCCAGGAGUGUGACUGUCCCCCCAACUUCUCCUCGGCCAUGUACUGCGACACCCGCAACCUGCGCUACCUGCCCUUCGUGCCCUCGCGGAUGAAAUACGUUUAUUUCCAGAAUAAUCUCAUCGCCUCCAUCCAGGAGGGAGCUUUCGACAACGCCACCGAGCUGGAGUGGCUGGCGCUGCACAACAACCAGAUCGGCAGCGAGAGGAUGGGGAAGAGGGUUUUUGGGAAGCUGCGGCGCUUGGAGAGGCUCUACAUGAACAACAACAACCUGACGCGGCUGCCCAGCCCGCUGCCGCGCUCGCUGCGGGAGCUGCACCUCUCCUACAACCACAUCUCCAAGGUGCCUCCCAACGCGCUGGAGGGGCUGGAGAACCUCACGGCGCUCUACCUCAGCCACAACUUCAUCUUCGAGAUGGGAGCGUCCCUCAAGGGGCUCAGCUCGCUGAUCCUGGCCGAUCUGAGCUACAACAACCUCAGGAGGGUUCCCGACGGGCUGCCGGCCUCGCUGGAGCAGCUCUACCUGGAGUACAACUACAUCAACGCCGUCCCCGACCAUUAUUUCCAGGUGUCGCCCCGGCUGUUGUACGUCAGGAUGUCCCACAACAGCCUGACCAACCAAGGGCUCUCCAGCAACACCUUCAACAGCAGCAGCAUCCUGGAGCUCGACCUGUCCUACAACCGGCUGCAGAAAAUCCCGCGGGUCAACACCAACCUGGAGAACCUGUACCUGCAGGGGAACCAGAUCAACGAGUUCUCCAUCAGCAGUUUCUGCUCCGUGGUGGAUGUCAUGAACUACUCGCGCCUCCAGGUGCUGCGGCUCGACGGCAACGAGAUCAAGCGGAACGCGGUGCCCCCGGACGCGCCGCUGUGCCUGCGCCGGGCCACGGUCAUCGAGAUCUGAGCCCGCCCGCCACCCUCAGGACUUGUGUCCCCCGUUCCCAGGGAUUCCCUCAUCCCCGCUUUUCCAUCCGCCUCGGCUUCGCAGCAGCGCGAUUUUCCGGUUUUCCCGAAAUUUUCCUAUUUUUUUUAAAUUUUUUUUCCAGGCAGAUCUCAGCUCUGGUCGCUCUCUGAGCCCCCGUCCCACAAAGUGUUGUGCUCGCUGUCACCUCCUGUCCCGGAUUGGGGCACAGCAGGGAUGGGGCUCAUCCCACCCAAUUCCAAUCCCGACCCCAAAACCCAUCCCAAAAUCAGAUCCGGGCCAGCAAUCCCCGGAAGGAUCAUCCAAGGGGUUGGGAGCUGCAGGAGUGAAAGGGUUAAAGGUCUCCAAGCUGGAGGAUUCCUCAGUUUGGGAUGAGGAAGAGCAAAUCCAUCAUUUCCCUUCAUUUUUCUCCCUUUUCCAUCAACUUGCUCCAGAAUUCAGGGUGAGAAAUCCUAAAGGAGAAAAACCCUAAAGGGGAAAAACCCUAAAGGAGAAAAAUCCUAAGGGAGAGAAACCCUAAAGGAGAAAAACCCUAAAGGGGGAAAACCCUAAAGGAGAAAAAUCCUAAAGGAGAGAAACCCUAAAGGAUAAAAAACCUAAAGGAGAGAAACCCUAAAGGAGAAAAAACCCUAAAGGAGAGAAACCCUAAAGGAGAGAAACCCUAAAGGAGAAAAACCCUAAAGGAGAGAAACCCUAAAGGAGAGAAACCCACCCUGGGGUCAGAGGGAUGUGGAGGGAUCCCAAAUCUUCCCCCCAAACCCCUGGAUCAGGGCAGGACGGGGAAAAUCAAUCCCAGCCCCCCGGGAUAUCCCAAUUAAAACCCCAAAAAGAACCACAGAACCACCUUGGAACCCCCUAAAAACCCCAAAUUCCCCAACUCCGGCUGAGUUUGAGGAGAGAAGGAGCAGCUGAGCUUUGGGGGUCACCCGGACCCUCCGCGUUCUUCCUGCAUGCAAAAAACGUUUAAAAAAAACCCAAAAAUCCCAUAAUUUCACCAGCAUGAACUGUAAACCCCAAACCCAUCAAUAAAACCCUUCCAGUAGCUGCA